AAAGAAGAUGAAAUAAAUCCAACCAAGUUGUAAUGUUUGGAAUUUUUGUUUAUGUUUAAAAUUUUGAAAAUGCUACUGAAUCUGAGUAAUAUAAGUUGUUAGUAUCUGCAGAGAUACUACCAAUACGUUUAUUUAUAUGUGUGUAGAGUUGCUGAUAAAAUGGAAUACGAGAAACAUAUUGAGCGUUUAAUCUUAGGAUAUUUGAAAGAAAACUGCAAGCAUGCUUAUAAAGUAUUUCUUAAAUAUAAUUUUCAAAGUUCCAAAAAACAUGUUGCAACAAGAGUUGGAGGGCAAACUUUGUUGGAUAUAUUAAAAAUAUAUUCACGCGUUCAGGAAAUUAUUCAGGAAAGGCUUGAGGAUACUAAUUAUUAUAAAGAUAAAAGUCCAGAAUAUUCUUCUCCACUCUAUUUAGUGGAUCAGUUGGUUUAUUUAUUAGAAAAUCAACGGUGCCUAUCACCAUCUUCAACGCCUUGUCCUAGAUCACCCGAAUCUUCUAUAGCAGAGAGUUGUUUUCAAGAACAUAGAGCAACUCAAAAUCAUAUCACUGACACAGAAACUACUCCUGAACAUACAUUACCUGGUAAUAUACAGACAUCUGUUGAUAAGUAUAAUUUUCAUACACUUCAAAGAAGAUCCAAAACUCCAGUAGAUAAAACUUGCCAAACUAAAGUUACAUCUGACAAGAACAGUGAAUUUAGAAAUGAAAAUCAAAAUCAUCAGGAGAAAUUACAAAGUCCUACUAAUUUGAGCUCUACCAAAAAUAUAGAAUAUCCAAAGCCACCUGAAGUGGUAACAACUAAACAACAAGAUAACAAUAUUAAUUUCUCAAUUGAUGAGUCCAAGAAUACUAUAAGCAAUACUAGUGCAAAUGAUUCUAUUCUUGAUGCUUUUUUUGGAACAUCUUUAGUAAAUAAUAUUGAUAAAAGUCAAGAUGUAAAUAAAACAAGUAGUACAGUUUGUGAUACAUCACAAAAUAAGAGUUGGAACUCCAAUGAGCAUAGAGAAGUUAAUGUUUCAACAAGUAACGGAGGCGGCGGAAUUACCAGCACUACAGUUACUUCUAACAAUACUAAUCUUUACCCAAUGCCAGUAUCUAAUGUCACCACUCAUUGUGUGGUAAAUAAUAGUCCAAACAAUUGGUAUAUGGUUACACAACCACAGGCAGAGUUGCAAAACUUGCCACAACAGCAAUUCUAUGUCGUCAAUCAACCUGUGGUGAUUCCGCAGAAUACAUCAUUGAUACAACUCGCUCAAAAACCUGCCUCAUCUUCAAAAUCUGCCGUUAAAGCCUAUAAAGAACAAGAUAUUAUGGCUAUGCCGACAAUCAUAUUAAAUGAACAAAAUGAAAUUACUUUUGGGGAUCCGUUCGGUUUAACCACAAAUACUCCAUUGAAAUCGAACGAGGCCUGUAACAUUAAAGAAUAUUUAACGCUAUAUAGCGCGACCGACCAGAGUCCCGUUUUAAAGUUUAGUCAGAAGAACACUAGAUCUAUAGCACCUACUAAAAACAUACAGCCUAGACCCACUGUCAAAGUGGAAAUUUGCACUCGCGACCUUAUAGACAUUCAGAAACUUAAUAAAGAAGACUCGGUAAAUGUCGCGUCAAACGACUCCGGUAAAAAAUUGACAGGUUUACCGAAUUUAAACGAAAGUCUUCCAGAUAAACCUUUGACGGAGGUUAGAAAUAACAAUCUUUCACAAGCUGAGAAAUGUAAAGAUAUAAACAUUUGCACCCCAUCUCCGUUAGUGAAUCCGUUGAAAAAACCUACUCCAAAAAGUGGAUCGCAUGUUCGAAACUUGACAUUUCCUUCACCUUUGAGAACUACACCUUCGGAAAUUUCAAAAGACGUGGCUGUUAAUUCGCCCUCUACCAUAAAUAAACAACAAGCAACGAAAGAUCUUUUUAAAGAGAACAAAAAAGUCGAGGUCGAGAAGACAGACCCGAAGAAAAAAACUAAAGAAACGACUAAAAAGAAUUUAAAAACGCCCAAAAAAGCAACUGAGAGAAAAACCACAAAAACUCCAAAAAGUUUUAAACCUAAUCCGUCGCCUAUUUGGGAUAGUAAUUUAAGAAAAAUGGCUGCAGUUGCCCCUGAAUCGACUGAUUUAACUCCAGUGAAAAGACGAACGAGAAAAAGUUCAAAUGAGCUUAAAGAGUCGGAUAUAGCUGACGGGAAAAAGCUUGAGGACGCAUUGAAGACUCCCAAUAGCAAACGAAAGGGUAGGCGAAGAUCUUCAAUUAAAGAUGAACAAGCCGAAAAGAGUUUAGAUCGAAAAAACCCUGUUGAAGAGGUGGAAAAUGAAAAAACAGAUUCAAAAUCCGAUCCCAAAGUUCUUUCUCCGUCAAAACUUAACGCCAAUAAGAGGACAAUUUUGUCCACAUCCACAGAAGCGGACAUCACACCUGAUAACUUAAAACAACCUGCGCAACAUCCUGUAUCAGCUAAAAGGAGAAAAAACAUUAAUAGUCUUCUAGAAACACCAUUAAAGGAUGUUGCUGUGCCUAUAACACCAGGUUUAACGCCGGCCCCGAACACAGAUACCCCAUUUACUCCGAUGUUGAAAGCGAAUUUGAAGGAUUUUGCUACAAGUGAGAAUAUGUUCACCAUCGAUACGCCUAAUUUUCCCAUAACGCCUGGUUUUUCCAUUGUCUCUCACACUGACGAUUACUAUAUACCUAAGGCGAAUGAAACUGAUAAAGCUACUGAAGCUAUCGUCACACUGGAGGAGAAGAAAUCCAGCGUAAGAAGUACCGACAAUGAAAUAGAUGAUUUCGAUGAAGAUACGGCUGUUAAAGUAUACGGUACGAGGGAAACUUUGAGAAAUUUCAAUAGGAGCCAGGUGGGUAAAAAGAAUUUAGAACUGUUAGACAGAGAAGAAGUAACAUGGGAUGUUAACAGCGACAAGGAAUGUAAAAGUGAUGAUAGUGAAAGUAGCAGUGAGGAGGAUGAGCAGAACCAUACUGUAGUUCAAGCAAAAGAAACGAACCGCUCGAAGAAAGUGGUCAGCCCUGUAUUAUCUGUUAGAAAACGUGCGUCGGGGAAGCGCAUGGAUGUGCUGAAGACCCAACUACUUCCGGAAGAAAAUACGAAAUUAGAAAACUCGCAAAAUCUGAGCGUGGCAAGUCAAGUUUUAGACGAAGAUACUAUGGAGGUUUCACCAGAUCUAACUAAUAAAAUCUCAAGUUCACUUCAAAGUACUCAAAAAGGUUUGAACGAAUCUCAUAAUUCAAUAAAAGAUGGAAAAGAUUCAGAAAAUAAACAUCAGAAUCGGGAUAUAAAUGUAAUGAAAACACCUGAGAAUGAAAUUGAUCAAAGAACUGAAGUAAUCAGAAAUACACUAAAUUGUGCUGAAAUAAAAUCAUUUACAAAUAUUAAAUCAGGGGAGUAUAGUAUGAAAAAGCAACUGGAAGAAACAAAGAAACGGAUGAUCGAACAAGAGAAGUACUCUCUGAGAAAACCCCCGAAACGGAGUUGCAAAACGAGAAACGAAGUAAAGACGCCCAAAAGUAGAAGAAAAACUGAACAUCCGAAAAAAAUAAUAAAGCGCUCUCGUGCAGAAAAAGCUGCACAUUUAGAAAAGAGUGGCGAUGCAGAUGCAGAAGAUCAUAACGCGCGUCAAAAUAAAAGCGGAAAAAAUGGUGAAUCUGACGAUUCCCAAGACGAAUUCUUUAAGAGAAGCGGUACCAAUCUUCAUAGGAAGACCAGGGGUAGUGAUGAGAAGAAACCUGACGAAAAUAAGGAUUCUGUUGAGGUCGAGCCCACAGAUGAAAUAAGUAUAGCUUCGGAGAAUAUGAGAGAUUCUGAAAUGAAGAGUCAAAGUGUAUCUAAAGAGGAAGAAAAGGAUAAAAAAGAUUCUGCAGAUAUCGCACCAUCUACGAAAAACAAACAAGAAUCGUUACCUGAAAGAAUGGAAAGUGAUGACAGCGAUAUGGAUUUCGACACCUGUUAUUAUUAUUCAGAAGACCCCAUUAUUAUACAUAAUGAAACGACACCUUCUGCAAAGAAAUUUGAAGACUACGAUUUGAAAAAUUUGCUCAAGCAACGGAUAGUCGCUGUUCCCUGCGAGGGCGGUACAGAUAGAUACGUAACAACGAGCGUAACUGCGUUUCAAAGUUUAUUGGAUAUUAAAUCAAGCUUGGUGUCCGACGAAGAAGCAUUGAAAAUGUCGGAUAAUAUGAGCGAUUCUGAAAAUACCGAGGACAGAUCGGAUGAUGUUGAUGGGAGGAACUUAAGAAAGAGAAAACGUAGAUCUGACAGUUGCGGCUCAAAUUCCGGAAAGAAACCGAACGUCCAGCUCCUACUGAAUCCAAAUAAUAUAGAAAAUUUAUUAACAAAACUCCAUGGUCCCAGCUCCUAAGCGCUCACAAGUAACUUGUGACAUUGUUUAUAUUUAAAACGUUAUCUAGAGUCUGAUUGUUUUUACAGUUUAUUAUAUUAUUUACAUUUUUUCAUAUUUUGUUUUAGCUAAAAGCAUCGGUAAAUAAUAUUUUUAAGUGCUUGAAGAAUAUUCAUAAUUAGUUAAAAAAUAUAUUUGUUUAUUCAAUAUCCAUUGCUAUAUUUUUAAUAAUAUUCGACGUACUAAUUGCUGUAAUAUCUAUAAUUGUUUUAAAGUACAGGACUGAUACUCAAACAGACUGUUCUGUAUGGCUCAAUCUUGUACAUAAAGCAAUUGCAUAGUCUGCUCUGAAAAAUAAAAUGUUAACAUCCACAGGAACGUAAAAUAAACAAUCUGGUGUUAAAUUAAAACGACAGACAAAAUGUCACUAAUGUCAUAUUCUUUCCGUGUGCCAACUACAUCCCUUCUAACGAACAAAUAUUUAACAGUGACAGUUUCCUGGCAUCUUAGUUCAAAAGUCGUUAAUAUGUCAUUUUUUGGAUGUCGUCUGUACAAAUUAUAGAUAUAAUAAGUCCAAAAUCAAUAUUAGCAAAUCAUAUUUACCUUCAGAUUUCAGGCAGUAAUUUUCCUUGUUUUCCUAAAAAUCCACACUGUUAAAAUUUACAUUUAUACAUAAUAUAUUCGUUAAGCAAUAAUAUUAUUUUCCAAAAAUCAAAGAUCAUAGAAUUAAAUUUCAUGUUCUAUAUUGUGGAUUGGGAUAUAUUGUAAAUAGAUAAUUUUAGAUUAGUUUUUGUGGAUUUAUAUUAUACUGUAAAAAAAGAUGUUUAUAUUGUACAUAAGUUCAUAUAUCUUUUAAAAACGUAGCAUUUCGGCGUCAAAGUUGGCUUGAAAAUGAAGAUCGGUGUCAUUUUAUAUGUUAAGUUAUAUGGCAAAUGUCAAAUUUUUGUUUCAGUGGCAAAAUAUCCAUUUUUUUCAACAUUUUAUUUACACUCUAAUCUGAUCGAAAGACAACGGCGUCAGCGAUGGCUUUAAAAUGAUCGCUGUCAUAAUAUAUAAAAUUAUAAGGGCAAUGUCAUAGAUCGUCAUUUCGAAACCAACUGGACGCCGUUUUUUUUUCAACCAUACGAAAUUAUUGGAAGCUUUAUAUUUGAAAAUUGUAAUUCAUUCUAUUUUUCUUUAAAAAUUCAAACGUUCA